AUGGCAGUUCAGAUAGUGCCGAUCUCCCUAGAGCACGCUCUUAAAAAACGCUCCGGGAGAGGUACGAAACCAGAAUCGUUUGAUUUCUUUCACGUGCUCGGAACAACAGGAUGCUCAGUCCAGUGCGCCAUUUUCGAUUCAUGGAGCACAUUAUCCCGAGCGGGCACAGCGAAACUGAGGGUAGAACAUGACAACUUUACUAAUCACGGGAAGAAAAAGGUUGCUCGAGGAAAGUCUUUCACGUACGGGGACUUGAAUCACUCAGCCCAGAAUGGCUGUGGGAGCUGCAAGGCUCUGAACACUAUGUUCGAUAGCGCACUUACCAAGAACUUUGGUCCAAUUGCCCCCUCUACGACAUUCCGCUGGACGGGAAAAUUCAGUGGCACUCUAGAAAUGGAUGCUCCCGAUGGCAAAGUGUACUAUGUCAGACUUUUCAACGUGGCGGGGUCCAGCAAUGUCUUUCGCCGAUUACAAUCCACCAACGACAAACUUGGAGUCCAUCUAGUAGUUACAGCUGGACAAAUAGGCACAUACAUGUGUCUGAGCCACUGCUGGGGAAAGAUCAAGAUCAAAUGCAAAACGGAAACCGACAAUCUGAAAAGGCAACUCGAGUCAAUACCUUGGUCUUUGCUUCCACCCAGCUUCCAACAGGCAGUCGAGAUCACGAGGAAUCUCGGGGUUCGCUAUCUCUGGAUUGACUCACUUUGCAUCAUCCAAGAUGACAAGAUAGAUUGGGAGAAAGAGGCAGCUCAGAUGGUCAACGUGUACCGCAACUCAUACGCCACAAUUGCCGUAAGCUGGUCUCAUGAUUCUGAGGGAGGCUGCUACUCAAAGACAAUUCCAAGCCAGUUCUUUCAGAUCACUACUGAAUGUGGCGACGAAUUCAGACUCGCCUUGAUAACCGGUGAAAAGCGGGACGAAAUGUCGGAAUACGCCAGGGUACAAGAGUAUUUCCCCCUUUUCAAUAGGGCUUGGUGUCUUCAGGAACGUCUUCUCUCGCGGCGGAUCAUCCAUUGCAACUAUGGAGAAAUGGCAUUUGACUGUGCCAACGGGUACUCAUGCGAGUGCGGAGGAGAGCAACACCAGAAUUGGCACAAUUUGAUACGGUUCUCCGGCACAUAUAUACCGCUACGAUCUCGGUCGAAGUACCUGGCACUGCUGAAUAACCCUAUGACAACUUCAAUAACCGCCAUCGCCACGAAGAAUGGGAAAAUCGAUCCUUAUGAGAGAUGGCACCGCGUUAUCGGCGAGUAUACCUGCCUCAAUCUUACGUUCACUGGAGAUAUGCUCCCGGCACUUUCAGGCCUUGCUCAUGAGACUGCUGAAGUGACAAAUGAUACCUAUCUGGCUGGUAUGUGGAAGAAUAAUCUUGAACAGGACCUCAUGUGGCGCGUUGUUACUGUGGCGGAUUGGAAGAAGCAACGCGCGAAGAUACUAAAACGAGGAUGGAUCGCCCCGACUUGGUCUUGGGCAUCCACAGGAAGUGGCUGCAAAGUAGACUAUCCUACGUUUCAGAAUGCCGAGUUAUUGGACUACAAGACUCCCGGGAUUAUGGAAACAGCCCAGAUAAGCUGUUCACCUUCUGGGGCUGACCUCUAUGGCUCGGUGUCCUUUGGCUUCCUGACAGCGGUGAUAAAGCGCCUGUCUAUCAUGAUACAGCGACCGUGCUCACACUGGGAUCGGAAGCGACGUUGGACAAAUUGGAUAUACGGCAGGUAUCUGCUUUAUGCCCGGGAAGACAAGCGAGAGUUUCGGGAAGAACGUGCGCCUGUGACUGGUGAGGCACCACUUGAGUUUGGGACUGCGGAAUCGGAGGUAUGGGUUGACCCUUCAGUUGAGCGAAUGAAUUCCUGCUUCAUACGCAAUAGCCGACCUGAAGAAUUCCCGGAAUUGUGUAGGCAUUGCACCUUUCUUCCUGCUGAGUUGAUCUACAUCAAAGGUUAUGGUUUGGGCAGCAGGAAUGCACGGACAAAAGGCACACGGGAUUCUUUUCUCAUUGUUGCCAAGGACGCGACAAGUUCUUACAUCAGAGUAGGGUUAUUGGAGGUUAUUUGCGAUGAUUGGGCUGAAAGGCAGAUCUGGUAUCGAAACGUCUGGGCAGCUGCAAAGCCCGAGACAUCGAUCACAAUCUACUGA